GACCACUUCGCGCCUCAUCCAACAGCUCGGUUUGAAGGCUACUACACUCGGAUACUGACCCCCGAAGCCACAAUCCUCCUGAUCCUCUCCUCCGUUCGAAAAGCCACGCACAAACCCCACUACGUCCACUUCUCCUAUCUCCCCCACCCUUCCGCCCCGUGCAGAGAAGAGAACCUCAGAAUAGACCUCUUCCCAACAAUAACCGACCAGUGGCUCCCCCGCGCCGCGGGUAGCAACGUCCAGUCAUUCCGGAGAAUAGUAAGCGGAAUAGGAGAGUACAGAAUUACCCCUGAAAAGCAAAUUUACUCGCUGCGCCUUCCGGAUGGAGUGGAAGUGGACGUACAGCUCACGGAACGAACACCAUGGCAGACCGGAGAGGAAUUAAGCUCUCCCGAGGGCGCGUUGGGCGAAUUGGUCCAUCUACUGCCAAUACACUGGCACGUAUUCUCCGUCGACUCCCGCGCCGAAUACCGCAUCCGCAUACCUGGGAGAGCCGGACAGGAGGAAAUUAAUGGCAUUGGAAGGGCGCAUAUUGAGAAGUGCUGGGGUGCAGCAUUCCCGAGCGGCUGGACAUGGGCUCAGGCCUUUUCACCCCCCAGAGCACCCACACCCCCCGAGGGUGCCCCUUCCAAUGACGAUGGUGGAUUCAAACUAAGCCUCGCUGGUGGCCAAACCCUCCUCCAAAAAGCCUACCUCCUCUCUUACGCCUCGCCCACCACAACCCUCCAUUUCAAACCGCCGUUCUCCCUCCUGCCAUUGACCCUCUCGACACCCUUCUGUAGUGAAGAAAUCGAUUCCCGGGCAGGGCUUUUUAAAAUUUCUGUGGCGAACUUUACGCACAAGAUUGUGCUUGCGGUUAAAGCACCAGAAAUGCAUCGAGGGUGGAUUGGACUGCAUUGCCCGCUGAGUGGCGGACAUGGGAACGUGUUUGCGUAUGAGAGCUUUGAGGGGGUCGUGGAGGUUUGCGUGUUUAGGAGGGUGUUGGGGGGGUGGGGAUACAGGUGGAGGGAGGUUGAAAGGAGCAGGAUGGACGGAUGUGCGUUGGAGUUUGGGGGAGGGUAU